GACCAGGUUGUUAUUGUCGCAGCCAAUCGCACACCUAUUGGUGCACUGGGAGGCACUUUGUCAACUGUUCCUGGACCAAAACUUCAAUCAUUGUCAAUCCAACAUGCAUUGAAUAGUAUUGGUCUGGAUCCUAAACAAGUGGAUGAAGCAAUCAUUGGUAAUGUGAUCUCUGCCAAUCUUGGACAGGCACCUGCACGUCAAGCAGCAUUGGGUGCAGGUCUACCUCAUAGUGUAAUAUGUACAACAGUUAAUAAGGUCUGCUCUUCUGGUAUGAAGAGUGUGAUGUAUGGAGCUCAAUCAAUUCUACUUGGACAAUCAAAAGUGAUUGUUGCAGGUGGAUUCGAGUCCAUGUCCAAUGUACCCUACUACGUCGACAAACUUAGAUAUGGUGCCAAGUAUGGCAAUGUAUCAAUGAUCGAUGGACUCGUCCGUGAUGGCCUAUCAGAUGCAUAUGAUGACAUUGCAAUGGGAGUAUGUGGAGAGGACACUUCAAAGAAGAUGAACAUUACAAGACAGGAGAAUGAUGAGUAUUGUGUGAGGAGCUACACGAGAGCUAUUGAAGCUCAGAAGAAUGGAGCGUUUGUGGAUGAGAUUGUACCUGUACCAGUACCUCAGAAGGGUGGCCCAGACUUGAUAGUGAAGGAGGACGAGGAACCAAAGAGAGCAAAGUUUGAGAAGAUACCAAACCUCAAACCAUCAUUCACAAAGGAUGGGGUGCUGACACCUGCCAACUCUAGCAAGUUGAAUGAUGGCGCUGCCACUAUCAUACUUAUGGCAGAGUCCAAGGCCAAGGAACUUGGAAUCAAACCAUUGGCCAGGAUCAUUGGUUUCGCCGAUGCCGAACGUGCUCCAAUCGAGUUCCCCAUGGCUCCCGCAUUGGCCAUCCCCAAGGCACUCGCCAACUCUGGCAUCAGCAUCGAUCAAGUCGACUACUUUGAGAUCAAUGAAGCAUUCUCUUGCGUACCAAUUGCCAAUGGACAACUGCUCAAUAUCAACUUGGACAAGGUCAAUGUCAAUGGAGGUGCAGUGGCACUUGGUCAUCCACUUGGUGCAUCAGGCGCACGUAUCCUCACUACCCUCACACACAUUCUCCACAAGAGAGGUGGCAAGAUAGGUGUGGCAGGCAUCUGCAAUGGAGGUGGAGGUGCCUCGGCAAUAGUAAUCGAAAGACUCUAA